AUGAAGAGGCUCCGAGGUGCCGAACAUCCACAGAGAACUUUGAGGAAAAGUAACGCUACACAUGAGGUCGACACCAUAGACGCUACAGAGGCCACUCCCGCUGCGUUUGAGUCGCGCUACAUCUUGAAACGUCAGCCGUGUUUGAUCCAAGGCUUGGUGGCCGGGUUUGAUCUGGAAUCGUUCCGUCUUGAUAAUCUGGCAAAUUUUUUACAAUGUGACGAUUUUUUGCAGGUGGAGCGCAAGUCCAACGGUGGUUACGGCACCGGAGAAAAUAGGAUCCGCUUAAAACUUGCAGACUUGGUGGAGAGGCUGAAAAAUGGCGAUCACUCUUUGUAUUUAACUACCCAGUAUGACGAAGACGAUUGUGUGUCGGACGACGAGUCUGACGGCGAAUUUCCGCAAACGGGAAUUGCCCCUGUCCCGACCGAUACGGAUUCAGAACUGGGCUCGGUUGAUCUCGACAAUUUCCACGACGACUUUGACGAUGACGGCGACAAUUCCGACGACGGGGAAUUUUCCGCCAAUGCAGAUGAAACGUCUCUUGACACUGCUCGUGCCCGUGUGCAAGAGUUUCUGCAAAAACCGCUUACCAACUUACACCGCACGUGGACCAUGGACCUGCUGCGGCCGGGCUUACUCGCCGGCCUGGUGCCACAGCAAAUAAACCUAUGGAUGGGCCGUGCAGACCCAGAUUCCCGGCUGCUCUUCGACGAGUCAAAGCCGCUGCUGGGCCUAGGCAGAUCGCUCCCCUCUCCAGGCGCCUCGUCGUCGGGUCUUCACCACGACCACGCCGACAACUUGUACAUACUGGUAUCGGGGAGAAAAAGAUUCACCUUGUUCCCGCCCACAGACGCUCCCAGCCUGUACACUGUCGGCGACAUUGAAACAAUCUACCCGUCCGGAGUCAUUGACUACACGCGCAACGAAAACGCGCCGUUCUGGAAGCACGUGCGCGAGGACGGUGCGCUGGUUGAGCAGGUCGCCCUGUGGCGACUGGAGCGAGAGUCGCUCGACGAGGAGGAAAGAAAACGACUCGAGGCUGUCGCAGAAGGCGAAUCCGGCGUGCACGAAGAAAAAGCCCGCCACGGAAAGACGAAAAGAGACCCUCCUUCCUUCUCCAGAAUACCUCCUGCCCUGCUGCAUCUGGACGAUGUGCAGGACGCCGAACAACGGGCAAAAAUGCAACGCCUUAUAGACACGGAGUUCCCGCGGCUGAAACAGUGCAAGCCACUACAGGUGACAAUAGAACCCGGCCAAAUGUUGUAUUUGCCGGCAGGGUGGUUCCACGAGGUGUCGUCCUUUGGCAGCGGCGACGAGCAAAUCCACAUUGCGGUGAAUUACUGGUUUGCGCCGCCGGCGAAUCGCUCACCACCCCUGUACGCCGACAGCUACUGGACUGAGGAUUUUGACGAAACGAGCAAGUGUCUUCGUGUGCUGCACAGCCUGGACCGAUAA